AUGUCUGAUCUUGACAAGCAUCCAAAUAAAUACAGUCGAUUGAGAAGCAUCUACAAAUACUACAUUGACUCAUUCAUUGCAUUGUAUCAAUUAAAAACAAAAGAUGAAGAAGAUUUAAACUCGAUUUACAAAAUUAUCAAAACAGAAUUGAUUGAUUCAAUGAAAUACCCUCCUCAAAAUUUUAUAAGAAGUAUUUUAAGUAUUAUCCCGUAUAACAACCGCUACACAAUGUCAUACUUGAAACUUAUCAAAUUCAUUUAUGAUGAUUAUCAUGUUAAAGAGGUCAGAAACAUUGUAAAUAUCUUUAAUUUCAUGUUUUAUAAAGAAUAUGGAAUUAAAUUAGACAAUUCAAGUGAUUUCGAAGAUAUUAAAUCAGAAAAUCUAAUCAUUCAUUCAGAAAACACAAUUUAUAGAGCAAUUAUUGACAACAACCUCGAAAAAUUCAUUUUAUUUACAGAAUGCGAUGAAUUUGAUGAGAAUCAAAAACUUAAUAGUAGUUUAUUUCCAUUUUCGAAUGCAGAAUAUUCAUUACUUGAAGUAUGUUGUUACUACGGAGCAGUUGAUUGUUUCAAGUUAUUAAGAACGAAAUUUAAAUCAACAAUAACUGAAAUAUGUCUUGACUUUUCAUUUUUAUGCGGAAAUCAAGAGAUCAUGAGUGAAUGUUUGAAAUAUCAAAGGCCAGAUAAUUAUUCGAUGAAAUAUGCAAUUAUUUCCCACAACAUUGAUUUUGUUACAUUCUUGACGAAUGAGUACAAUAUAGAGAUCGAUUUAGAAUAUUGUGGAAUAUAUAAAAAUCUUGAUGCACUUUUAGUUUAUUAUGAUCAAACUAAUAAUGUUGACAAAUGCAUUUUAUAUUCUGCUUUGUUUGAAAUUCCAUGUCUUUGUGAAUACUUCCUUUCACUUGGUGCAAACAUCAAUGAAAAGAAUGAUCUUGGGGAAACAGCUCUUAUUUUUGCAGCAGAUUUUAAUUAUAUAGAAAUGAUUGAAUUUCUUAUUUUACAUGGUGCAAAUAUCAAUGAAAAAAAUAAUCAAGGGGAAAUUGCUCUUCAUUAUGCGGCAGAUAAUAAUCAUAAAGAAAUGGCAGAGCUUCUUAUUUCACAUGGGGCAAACAUCAAUGAAAAAGAUGAAAAUGGAAAAACUGCUCUUCAUUAUACGGUAGAAAAAAAAUAG